AUGAUUGUCCGAUUGCUAUGGGUGCUGACUUUGGCAGGCCUAGCGCUGACAGCUCUUUUCCUUACAUUCAGGCAUCUCCAUCUCAGACCACUGCCUGGCGAUGGCGCUGCUCAUUUGACUCAUGUGGUCCUGAGCAUCGAUGACUCUGAGCUCCGACCCUUGGCGGUGGCCAUCCACUCUGCAUGGGUGCAUGCAGCGGACCCUGACUUGGUCCAGUUUCAUGUCAUAACCUCGCCGCACCUUCAGCAGAUCAUUGCGGAGCAGCUCUCGGCUUACUUGCCGGAGGCGAGGGUGCAGGUCCACGCCAACGACCGAAUGUUGAAGAAACUCAGCGCAUUCGUGACCUUCAGGGCAUCUUCACAGGUCCUGAGCCGAGACUCCAGUAUCUUUCACUUCGUCCGCUUCUUUUUGCCUGAGUUUUUGGGAAGGAGUUUACGAGGAAGAGCAUCGCGCCUGGUCUAUCUCGAUCCCAGCACCGUGGUGCUGGGUGACAUCAGCGCCUUGGCCGAGAUCGACUUGAAGGGGACCCCACUGGCAGCUGCCAGGUCCUGUCACAUCCAGCUCUCUGAAAUCUUGGAGUUCGAUCUUCUGCACGGGCAUGAGCUCCCCGGGAAUGUGAAGCCGCAGGACUGCGCGCUGAGCCCUGCGCUGAUGGUAAUCGACUCUCGCAGGUGGCAGGCCGAAAACGUCUCUGGCAAGAUCCUCACUUGGCUGCAGCGCUACCGAGACCAGCCGCUGGAGGAGGACCUCUGGGUGAAGAGCCUGAUCACGCCGCCGUUGAUGUUGUCACUGGAUGCAUUCGUAGAGCUGGAUCCUGCCUGGGCAUGUGCCGACUUGGGGUCAGAGGAGCUGACAGCCCAAGAGACAAAGACCUUGCUCAAGACGGGCUUUACCCAAGAGGACAUGGCACGCUUGGACUUCGGAAUUAGCCCUUCCGGGCGGCUGCAUCCCGCGCUACACCUUUGCACGGCCGGAGCCAAGUUGCUCCAUUUCAAUGGCCCCGAGAAGCCAUGGCUGUUCUCCGAGAGAUCCCCACCUGUGUGCGCCUGGCCGGAGGUGCCGGCUCCCCACGAAGGCCAAGGCUGGUCUCGGGCCGGUGAACCGGAGAUUGCCCUGCGUUGCAAAGCAGCUGGGCAGGAGCUGCGCAUGGUCAACUGUUCCAGCCUGUGGUGGGCGUUUCUCACGCCGGAGCAAGACUGCGGACUGCAGCACCGGCCUGCUUGUUCUUGA